GGCGCCAAUUUCGGACCGCUGCAGCCGGCGCAUACGGCGGGUUCCCGGGCGGCGCGCGUUCACUCUCCCCGGCUCCGGGAUGAUUGGCCAGAAGACCCUCUACUCCUUCUUCUCCCCGAACCCCGCCGGGAGACGACGUACCCGCAGCCCCGAGCCGGCCGACCCAGGGACCGGCGUGGCGGCGGUAGCUGAGGAGAGCGGGGAUGCGGCGGCCAGCCCCGCCAAGAAGGCCCGGGCCGGACAGGAGGACCCCGGCACGCCCCCCACCUCGCCGCUGAGCCCCGAACAGUUGGUCCGCAUCCAGAGGAACAAGGCCGCCGCCCUGCUCAGACUCGCCGCGCGCAACGUGCCCGUGGGUUUCGGUGAGAGUUGGAAGAAGCACCUCAGCGCCGAGUUCGGGAAACCGUAUUUCAUAAAGCUCAUGGGAUUUGUUGCAGAAGAAAGAAAACAUUACACCGUGUAUCCACCCCCACACCAGGUCUUCACCUGGACGCAAAUGUGUGACAUAAGACAUGUGAAGGUUGUCAUCCUGGGACAGGAUCCAUAUCACGGACCCAAUCAAGCCCACGGUCUCUGCUUUAGUGUUCAAAGACCCAUUCCACCUCCACCCAGUUUGGAAAACAUUUAUAAAGAGCUGUCUACAGACAUAGAUGGUUUUGUUCAUCCUGGUCACGGAGAUUUAUCCGGGUGGGCCAAACAAGGUGUUCUCUUACUCAACGCGGUCCUCACCGUCCGGGCACAUCAGGCUAAUUCGCAUAAGGAGAGAGGAUGGGAGGAGUUUACGGAUGCGGUCGUGUCCUGGCUAAAUCACAACUCCAGCGGCCUCGUCUUCCUGCUCUGGGGCUCUUACGCUCAGAAGAAAGGCAGUGCCAUCGAUAGGAAACGUCACCAUGUGCUGCAGACUGCUCACCCCUCCCCGUUGUCGGUGUACAGAGGGUUCUUUGGAUGUAGACACUUCUCUAAAACCAAUGAGUUGCUGCAGAAGUCUGGCAAGGAGCCCAUCAACUGGAAGGAUCUGUGACCCUAAACUGGGGAGGCUGUCCCUGGGCCGUCUUUUAGAAGCUGCUAGUGAAGUUACUCGCCAAGAGUGGCAGCAAAGGCUCUACUCUGGGACCUUAUGUCUGUCUUUGCAACACGCCUUUGGACUAAAAUAUACCUUCACGGUAUUUGGGAGAGAGAGGCGGUCAAAUACUCCAGACCACCGCUCUCUGCGUCACCUGUAUGGUAAAAGGGGACGGGAAACAGAAGCACCUUGUGGUACAGCCAGCUGUUACUUUAGUUGGACUUCAGGUUGUGAAGUGUUGGGUGUGUUUAUUUAGCAAGACCCUCCUUUGCCCAGCUUGGCUUUCCGUUCUUGGCCAAGUACACUGCUCCCCGCAUCCUUCUGAGAGCCCCGAGGCCCCUCCUUGCAGGAAGCAGGACAUUUUGCAAGUGCCCAGAAAUUUGGGGCUGAAAGUUCUUGAGGACUGAUCUCUGAGUGAGCCUUCAACAGAUAGGGAGAGGGAAGUGAACUGGGGUUUGUUUUCUAGUUACUCUAUGGGUGUUCCUAGGAAUAAACAGUGGAAGUUGAACUGGAAGAAAGAGAAAGGGGAGUUAUUUGGGUUUUUUUUUUUUUUUUUUCUUUUUUAAAGAGGAAAUGCUUUUCUUCUCUGGAGUAUCUCGAGUUGGGGGAUUUUAGGAAGCACAGAGUGCCAAUUGCUGUUUUUUUAUGGACUGAAAUCACAUGGGGAUUUUUUUUUUUUCAACACUGGUGAAUUUUGCUGUUUUAAAAAUCCUUCUGCAGAUGUAUAUAUAUAUUUUUUUUAAUCCUUUGUCGGGGAGACCGUCUUUUAUUAGGUCUGUACCUCUGUCCUACAUCCUGUUAGAGAUGCUGUUGCUGUGUUAGUUGGGGGAAAGGGGGCGUUAACUCCGAGUGAGCUUGGCAAUAAAAAGAUAGUUGAAGUUUCA